AUGCCCAGUGUGACCAUCAGCAGCCGGGCGGCCGUGGGGUUUGUGGUGCUGGCCUCUGCCAUGCUCCUCACCCUCUUCUUCUUCCUGGACAAGUGGCUGGCGUAUGUGCUGGUGACCCUGUUUGCGCUGGGCGCCUGGCAGGCCUGCGGCAUGAUUUCCUUCGCGGUGCUCAACCAGCUCAGCUCCUCGCAGUGGCGUGGCAGCUACAUCCGGCUGCCGGCUGUGGGCGUGGUGCCCGCCAACGGCGUGAUUGCGGCCGUGCUGGCGGGCGGCCUGUGCGUCACGUGGGCCGUGUGGCACAACGCGGUGUGGAGCUGGCCGCUGCAGGACAUCAUGGGCGUCUGCUUCAUGUUGGUCAUCCUCAAGCAGUUCUUCCUGCCCAACCUCAAGGUCGCCUCCACCCUGCUCUGCCUCACCUUUCCGAUCGUGACGGGCGGCGAGUCGGUGAUGGUGGAGGUGGCCACAGGCGGCGCCAGCCACGAGCAGCUGCCCAUGGUGCUGCGGGUGCCCCACCACGUGCUGGGCACCAACCCGGCCUUUGCGCUGCUGGGCCUUGGGGACGUGGUGCUGCCUGGCCUGUUGGCCGUCUUCUGCCGCCGCUUCGACCUGACCCACCGCCUGGGCGUGGCCCGCUCCUACUUCCUGCCCUGCGUGCUGGGCUACGGCGCGGGCCUGCUGGUCACCUAUUGCGCGCUGUGGUUCAGCUGGUUUGGCGACGAGGGGCAGCCCGCGCUGCUCUACCUGGUGCCCGGCACGCUGGGCACGACGUCCCUGCUGGCGCUGGCCCGCGGCCAGUUCUCGGCGCUGUGGCACAACGACUUUGAGCUGGCGCUGGUCGGCGGCAUGCUGCGCGGCGACGCGGCGGCGCGCGAGGCAGCCGAGCGGCUGGAGGCAGGCCUGGAGCGGCUGCUGCCGCCGGGCGAGCAGCGGUAG